AUGUUUUUAGUUGAAGGAUUUAGUGAAUCUAAAUAUUUACAAAAAAGAAUUAAUAAAGAAUUCUUGGAAAAAACCAAUAUUUUAGUGCCACUUCGACUAUUAGCUGCUUUCACUAGAGAAG